CUUAUCAUUAUUUUAUAAUAAGACUACAAGCAUGACAGGUAAAACAAGUAGGGAAAGCACGAAGAAAGUAAAGAUAAAAUCGGGACCAAAAUUGAAGGAUAAGAAAGCAACAAGCCCAGUACAAGACAAAGAUGAACUAGUAUACAUUGACAAGUUAUUGCAAAAGAGAGUCUACUCUGCAUAUACAAAAGGAAGAAAAGAUCCUAGAGUAACAUAUGAAGAACCGGUAACCAAGAGAGAAUGGUGGAGAGUGACAGUAAAAGAAACACCUGUACCAGGAACAUAUAAAUGCAGAGACUUCCUUGAUGUCGCAGCUAUGAAUCCAGUACAAGCUUCUUAUAAUUUUGCAGGACAAGGAAGAUCAAAGGAGGCUGGAAUAGCCAGAAGUGGUGAAUUACUAUUACCAGGAGCAUAUCAACAUAGAGAUUUCCUACGCGAUCUCGAAAACAGAAGAAUAGCAAGUUCAUUCAAGAGUUCAGGAAGAAGUCGGACACCAACUGGAUUCAAGGACAAAGAUGUUGAAGUUCCACCAUGGCAAUACGAUUUGAUACGACCGCCGGUGAAUAAGAUGCCAUCAAAACAUAGUGCAUUCAGAAGUCAAUCUACAAGGUUUCCAAGCCUGAAUUUUAAACCCAAAGAAGGACCACCCCCAGGUGCCUACAAUCCAUGUCAACCAACAUACAGGUACAAGAUUUCAUCAAGUUUCUGUUCUCAAACAACAAGAUUUGGAACAUCAUGUACAAAAGUACCAGGACCAGGAACUUAUGAACCAACUAUUUAUACCAAACCACAUCAACCUUCGUUAAGAAAAAUGGCAAAAAUGCAUGGACUUUAUUUCCAAACUGCAUUCCAAGCUUGAGGACUAUAUUCAUGUGUCAUGUUUAUGUAAUGUUAUGUACAUACUUGACACAAUGCUAACCCUAGGUAAAAGUAUCCAAGUUUUACAGGCUUCUAUAACCAUUGGAAGAGUGAAAGUAAUAAAAAAUUACAGUCAAUGGUGACGGGAAUAAAAACCUUUCUGUCGUAUGACCAAUACUUUUUUGAUAUUUUUAAACAAACUCCUGUGAGCUCUUUAUGAAAUUUUUUCUAUAUCACAUUCAAACACUGUUUAAAAAAUGUAUAAAAAUAAAGAAAAAUAUUGAA